UGUCCGGGGUUGCUUAUUUGCUUGCGCCUAUUCGCAACUAACCUUAUAGAAGGCCGUUCGCUAUCCGCAACCUGCAACCCGCCUGGUGGCCUCAGCUAUGCCCCUCACUAGUUCUUAAGGAACAGGGCAGAAAGUACAUACAAGUCGUAACAUUUAUUAUUGCAUAAAAAUGUUUUGAAAGGUCAACAAUAUGGGAGCGAAUCCUGAGGCGCAGCUUUGGGUAAAAACCAAAAAUUAUUGUCAUGUGACAGUCCAUUUUAAGCCCCAUACACAGCAUAGGUAAGGGUUAAACUACAUACUAAGUUUCUGUUUUUUUCGCACUUACGAAAAAAAAAACACACUCUUUCACUCGCAUUUAUUGUAGUGCGCAAUAGGGGACUGACGUCGGCGUAGAGACUUCCUUAUUAUUAUCAUACCAUGAGUCAAGUAGCCUUCUCAGUUCUGUUUAGAUAAUACUUUUCAACAUGAAAUCAAUUAGAAGGUAAAUUAAUUUACUUACUAUAUAACCCUUUAAUGACUUUGUAGUGCAGAGAACUAGACCACUUAACUACAAAAUAUUUCUAAUGAUAUGGCCUCAGCGAGACUAUAAUCCAUGGCUUAUCGUCACAAUAGCCGCGGUUGCAUCGACGAGCACAUGUACUCGAAAAACCAAUAUUGCGGCGGGACACAGGAGUUUUGGCAGAGGCUGUGGAAGAAGCUUGGCGUAAGCUAAUAAAAGGCAGGAGUCUCAGGUGUUGCCCGCAAGGCUGUUGCAGCAGCGUACACGUUUGUGCAAGAAGCACGAGAUCAAGUAACGUAGGAUUUCACGUCAUGAUUUUAACUGCAGGCUCUUACUAAUUUUAUCCAUAUAAUAAAAAAACAGACUGAGUCAAUUUGUUAUGGCCAGCUGAAAUUUAGAAACUUUCGCAAUAGAAGAGCAGGAUUGGAAACCCGGGGCAACCAUGAAGGGCGGAACCUUCAGAAAUACCCAGUGAGAUCCCACGUUGCUGUAGUCACAGAUCGUUUCCAUGCAAUUCUGCGUGUACUUUACACUUGGCCUACUGGUCUUCGUGGCCAGCAAGUUGUCCGGGGAUAACUACAGCCUGGAUCAUUUGUUCGAGUACCAUCAGAUUCACAUCUACGAUUUGGGCGGCAGAUUGGUGAUCUGCGCAUUUCUCCUCAAUGCGUUCCCGGCUUCCCUGGCGCUGUGGUGCAUCGUGAGACGGGCCAAGCUCUGCCUGGACUUUAGCUGCACCUUUCACGUCCUGCAUUUGCUCAUCUGCUGGUGGUACAACCGCUCCUUUUCCGCCAACGCAUCGUGGUGGCUGCUCAACGUCAUCACCGGCACGAUAAUGUGUAUAGGCGGCGAGUUCCUUUGCCUGCAGACCGAAAUGAAAGAGAUUCCGGUGGGCUACGCAGCCCUCAACCAAAAAAUCAGACGUCUGACUCGAACCAUGAACUUGUGA